AAAAUACAAAGUUAAAAUGUCGAAGAUUGUGAUUGUUCUUUGCGUAACUAUCUUGGUGGCCAAUCUUGUUUUGGCUAAAUCUCAAGAUUACGAAGAAGUAUUGGCUCAAGAAGUUCAGGAACUACUCGACUAUCAAAGAAAUGUAUUGACCAGCAAGAUGUUCCUCAAUAAUUUUGCAGAUCUUGAAGAUGAUUCUGAUGAUGAGAAGGACAAGAAAUGUCGUCGUCCUUUGGAGAGGUGCUGUGACAGGCAGAAGUGCUGUUCGAAGCUGAGAUGCAGCAAAUUCUUGGCUCGUUGUCUUCCCAAAUUUGGUACACCAAAGCCAACCGAGGACUCUUUGAACGUUUAAACCAAAAUUAUCAAUAAUUUUUUGGUCUAUCUGUUUCACGAAAUUACUUGCUUAACUAACUAUUCAUGUAACGCUUUUUUACUAAAUAAAGUUAGACUGA